AUGUCGGCCGAGUCCGCUGGCCCCAUAUGUCACUGCAGCACCACCGAAACCCACUUUGGGCACAAAUGCUCCACCAACAAAACCCACAAAUCCAACAAGUCGCACAAGCACAAAUGCUGCACCAACAAAACCCGCACCCCCGACGAGCACAAACGCGGCACCACCGAAACCUGCGCCUCAGAGCACAAAUGCAGCCACAUCAACUCGGAAACCUGCACCUCCAAGCACAAAUGCACCACCACCGAAACCCACUCCUCCGAAAACAAGCGCGGAACCGCCGAAGGCACCUCAAACGACACAAAUGAGGCGCCCCCCGAACCCACUAACAAAAUUGGCCUCCGGACUUACGAUUUCAUCAUUGGCACUCCAGUAUCUAACUGCUUCAAUGGCACCUACCCCAUCGACAGCGAGAUAAGAGAGUCAUUCUCGAUAUCCGACACAUGGAGCACAGGUCUGAACGUCGGUAUCCAGUUCGGGCCGCUGUCUCACGAAGAGUCGGACAUCUUCACAGGGCAUAACCAUUCAUGUGCCGCCAGGCCGUCAGUUACACGCCAAGCUUGGCUAGAUGCUCUAGAGCGCCACAGCGCUGUGUGGGUAGGGGCCUCCGCUUUCUAUCCAGCCCUGAUACCCAUCAGGCAUCAGCGUUCGUCGGCGUUUGCCGAUGCCUCAUUUGGGUGUGACCAACAACCCACAAACCUGUUCUCAACCACCAUCCACGACGCCCACCCACUGUCAACAAUGACGACCACCCUCGCCGACCUCCUACAAGCACCUGGCAUGGCCCAUUGCCACGAACAAUACCACAAUGCCACGUCACCAGCACCCACUAGAUCGACGUGA